CUUCUCUAUUACAAGCACCGAAAGCCGGGCUUCAGAGUCUCAGACACGAUUUCUCUCUCUCUCUCUCUCUCUCUGUGACAUUUUUCCAACUUCCCCAAAUCUGCAAUUCCUCUCUCUGUAGAUCUGAUCGUGAAGAGGAGAAAGAGCUAUAAAAGACGAGUCCCUUUCUUUUUUUAUUUAUUAAUUUUGUUUUUUUUGUGAUUGAGGAUCAUGUAAAAAACAGAGAGAUUCUGUGAAAAUGAGUGUAUCUAUGACUGUAAUGACUUUCAAUCUCCACGAAGAUCAGUCAAAUGACAGUCCAAAUUCAUGGGAGAGACGGAGAGAUUUGUGUAUAAGUGUCAUCACCAGCUAUUCUCCAAUCAUUCUCUGCACCCAACAAGGUGUGAAGUCGCAAUUGGAGUUCCUUCAACAAGGCUUACCAGGUUAUGGACAAUUUGGGGUUUCAAGGAAAGGAUCCCAAGAUACUUCAGAUGAACAUUGCACAAUCUUCUACGACAAGGAGAAGGUGGAGCUUCUAGAAGGUGGAACCUUUUGGCUGUCAGAGUCGCCCUCUGUUCCGGGAAGCAUUUCCUGGGGAUCUGUGGUUCCGUGCAUUGCAACGUGGGCAACAUUUCAACUCAAGAGAGUUGGGCCUCCAGGCUUCACUUUCCAGAUUGUAAAUACGAACAUGGAUGAGUUCAGUCCUCGGGCUCGUAGACGCAGUGCUUUGCUCACAUGGCAGCACAUAGCAUCCUUGCCUCCAAGCUUGCCGGUUGUAUAUUGUGGAGGAUUCAACACACAGAAGGAAUCAAUGACAGGGCGGUUUCUACUUGGCAGAUCAAGAGAGCAUGGCGUCGUAGGGGACAUGAGAGAUGCAUGGCCCAAUGCACGGGUGAGGAAAAAUGUCUCACUUAUCCGCACAUAUCAUGGAUUCAAAGGUGACCAACAGGGAGUUCUCGAGUUCCUGAAACUGAUAUUCCGAGCUCUGUGCCUAUGCUGGGACCGCCAGACUCAGGACUUGCACAUCGAUUGGAUUCUAUUCCGCGGCCGCUCCUUGAUCCCCGUCUCCUGCGAAGUGGUGAACGAUCACAUCGAUGACAUGUAUCCAUCUUCGCAUUAUCCGAUAUUUGCCGAGUUUAUGCUUCCACGUACGGUGAGGUUGCUUGAAACUCCCGUAGAUGGAAAUUAGUUAUUUGGUUCUGCCUUCAAGUCUUUCCUUUUUUUUUUUUUUUUGUCUUUUUUUUUUGUCUUGCUCUUGAAUAAAUGGUAGAGAUCUGUUUCUUGUUUGAUUGUAGUUUGUGAUUUCAGGUGCAUUUGGUACCUGAAAUACAGGAAUCCUGAAAUAACAGAGUUUUGAAGAUAAAAGGAAAUGAAAUGACAGAUUCCUGUCCUUAGGCAACUAGCCUACUACUGAGUA